UGGAUUGUGUGAAUGCUUCAUUCGCCUCACAAACAACCACAGAACCACAAGUGCGGUGCACGACUUUCUCCAGGAGGACAGCGCGGAGCCUUUGGUUUUUAAAUGGUUAAUCUCCGCAGGUCGCUACCAGCCGUCGAGACCGUCGCUGUCGUCUGAGGAAUAUUUAUUGCCGGGACAUACAAAAAAAAAAAAAAGCGGACGGGCGCCACUCGGCAGAGGAAGAAGGACGAUGGCGUCCAACAGUCUGUUCAGCUCGGUGACACCAUGUCAGCAAAACUUCUUUUGGGAUCCCAGCACCAGCCGGAGGUUCAGCCCGCCCUCCAACAGCCUCCAGCCCGGCAAGAUGAGCGACGUGAGCCCGGUGGGCGGCCCGCAGCAGCCCCAACAGUCCCAGCAGCCGCAGCAACAGGAGGGGGCGGCGGUCCCCCGGCUGCGGGCUCCCGAUAACCGGACCAUGGUGGAGAUCAUCGCGGAUCACCCGGCCGAGCUGGUGCGGACUGACAGCCCCAACUUCCUGUGCUCAGUGCUGCCCUCCCACUGGCGCUGCAACAAGACCCUGCCGGUGGCUUUCAAGGUGGUUGCCCUAGGAGAGGUGUCGGAUGGUUCUGUGGUCACGGUCAUGGCUGGCAAUGAUGAAAAUUAUUCAGCGGAACUCAGAAACGCCUCUGCGGUCAUGAAAAACCAAGUGGCAAGGUUUAACGAUCUGAGAUUUGUGGGCAGGAGUGGAAGAGGGAAGAGUUUCACGCUCACCAUAACCGUUUUCACAAACCCACCGCAAGUCGCCACCUAUCACAGAGCAAUAAAAGUGACCGUGGAUGGCCCAAGAGAACCAAGACACCCAAGGCAGACACAGUCAUCCCCUCCAUGGUCCUAUGACCAAUCAUAUCCAUCCUAUCUGAGCCAGAUGACAUCUCCAUCCAUCCAUUCCACAACGCCAUUGUCCUCCACCCGCGGUACAGGGCUUCCUGCUAUCUCCGACGUGCCCCGGCGCCUCUCAGGUGCUUCGGAACUGGGUCCAUUCUCCGAUCCGCGGCAGUUUACAAGUAUUUCAUCAUUAACAGAGAGUCGGUUUUCCAACCCACGAAUGCACUAUCCUGCCACAUUCACGUAUAGUCCUCCUGUCACCACAGGGAUGUCUUUAGGUAUGUCUGCAACCACUCACUAUCAUACCUACCUACCACCCCCUUAUCCAGGCUCCUCCCAGAAUCAAAGUGGACCAUUCCAAACCAGCAGCACUCCCUACCUUUACUACGGUACAUCAUCUGGAUCAUACCAGUUCCCCAUGGUUCCCGGGGGUGACAGAUCUCCAUCUCGGAUGCUACCACCCUGCACCACGUCCAACGGGGGCACAUUGCUUAACCCCAAUCUGGCCAAUCAGAAUGAUGGGGUGGAUGCAGACGGAAGCCACAGCAGCUCUCCUACUGUGUUAAACUCCACUGGUCGAAUGGAUGAAUCCGUAUGGAGGCCUUACUGAUGACAGAACAGCCAAUAGGAAGACAUUUUUCCACAGAACACAGAAGUGCCUUUUUUUUAAAUGAACUUUUUGGAUGUCACUAUUUUUAACUUUUAUAGGCUUUUAUAAAUAAAAAAAAUAAUGCAAGUAAACUGAUUUGGCAAAAUAUUUUUGCCACUAUGUUUCAAAUGAGAUGGUUACAAGCACACAUGGCCUUAAAACUCUUAUUUCUUGAUCAUUAUUUAUGUCCAACUGAACCAUUCCAAAGAGUUUUCAUCACCAAAAAUGGUUGUGGAAGCUUUAAAAAGACUUUUUUUUUCCCACGGGGGUGAGAGAAGAUUCCAUUCCCGAGCCGCAAUUUGCCAAUAAACGGGAAGCCCUGGAAUAUCUGACUGAUACGUGACAAUAACUGCACAAAACGCGCCCGGCGCUACCGCUCUUUUUGUUUUUCAGCCUUUAUGGGUAAUUCUGAUGGUACAGAACUUUUUUUUUUACAUUUUUGCUUCGAUGAUGCCAAAACCAAAAAAAAAAAAAAAAAAAAUGCAAUAAUAGUAAACAAAAAAAUGCCUAUGCAAUAAGAAAGUAGCAAUAUCCGCUUGUUGGUUUCUUCGGCUAUUUUUAUUUUUUUUUAAAUUAUCGGUAUGUAUAAAAUCUGAAGAUGUUCUUCUUUUGCUGAGGUGGAUCGACCUUUUUUUUUUAAGUUUUAAUUUAUAAUUAUUUAAAGAUAUUUUGGACCCUAAAGUGUUUCUUUAUGUUAUAAUGUGCUGACAGGUCCCUAAACAUGUAUAUUGUUAUUAUAAAUUGUCUUUUUAUAGUG